AUGGUUCAUGUCUAUUACAAGGGCAGUCCAGGUGGAUGGAGAUCAGCAUCCUUCAUGGUAGCUGGAGGAUCUCUUGAGAGGUUUGCCUAUUAUGGAGUAAAAUCUAAUUUGAUUAGCUAUCUUACUGGACCACUUGGAGAACCUGUUGCAACAGCAGCAGCAAAUGUCAAUACAUGGAUUGGUGUAGUUUCACUUGUACCAGUUUUAGGAGCAUAUUUGGCUGAUUCUUUCCUUAGCAGAUAUCGAUCAAUUAUCAUUGCUUCCAUUCUCUAUAUCUUGGGACUUGGUUUUUUGAGCCUGUCUGCAUCAAGUAGUCCAACUUUUCUUAGCAGCUCAAGCUAUCAAGCCAUAACCAAGAAAUCAGGCUUGGAUACAAGAAACCAAGAAAAGAGCAAAGCCAAGAGCUCAUUUGUCAAUUGGUGGCUCUAUGGCCUAUGCAUUGGUUCUAUAGCAGCACAUUUGAUCUUGCACUAUAUUCAAGACAAUAUUAGUUGGACAAUUGGUUUUGGGAUUCUACGUCUUGUUAUGAUUCUUUGGCUAAUUCUCUUUUUACUUGGACAUAGAACUUACUUUUUUGAUGUUAAAAGAGGUGAUGAAGAGAGCCCUUAUGGGAGGAUCAAGUGGGGCAUAGCUAAAGAGGGUGAUGCUUUGAGCAGUAGAGCACAGGCGUCAAGCAGUCAAGAAGAGUGCCAAGAAUAUUUGUUGUCAAAAACUCAACAAAGAUCUCAAGAUUAUAGGUAA